CAGCGCUCCAGAAUGACACGAACUGGAGGAUCGGUGUCAAGACAUGAACUCCAGUAACUUCUUCACCUCCAUCAGUUAAGGUGUAAAUACAUCUGUGGUGCACUGUUUCUGUGUGUGCCUUCUGUGCACCGUCAGCCAUGCCUGUGACAUCGCAGCUGCUCAGGGUUUUGCCCCGCACCAAGGUCUUGGCCUCCAGUCUGUUACCAUGCCAACAACACCAGUCCCAUUUAGCACCUGUCACUCACCAACCUGCCUCAAGACGGCUGCCCCACAUGUGGCAGAGUCACCAGCACUCAAGAAGUUACCAGACAGCCUCAAUCCUCCGCAGCUACAUCCUCACGCCUCCACAGGUCAACUCCAUUCUUAAAGCCAACGAGUACAGCUUCAAGGUGCCAGAGUUUGAUGGAAAGAAUGUGUCAUCAGUGAUGGGUUUUGAGAGCAAUCAGCUACCAGCCAACGCCCCUAUAGAGGAUCGUCGCAGCGCAGCCACAUGCCUGCAGACACGAGGAAUGCUGCUGGGUGUGUUUGAUGGCCAUGCUGGCUGUGCCUGCGCUCAGGCCCUGAGUGAGAGGUUGUUUUACUACAUAGCAGUGUCUCUGCUGCCCCACAACACACUGUGUGAUCUCGAGGCAGCAGUAGAGGCAGGCAGGGCCCUCAGUCCCAUCCUGCAGUGGCACAAACACCCCAAUGACUACUUCAGCAGGGAGGCUCAGAAGCUCUACUUCAAUAGCCUCCGAACCUACUGGCAGGAGUUAAUAGAUCUCACCAGCCCAGGCGAAGUUCCAGACACCCGCGAGGCCCUCCUGAGUGCCUUCAAGAGGUUGGACAAUGACAUUUCUCUGGAGGCUCAGGUUGGAGACCCGAAUGCCUUCCUGCACUACUGGGUUCUUAGAGUGGCCUUUUCUGGAGCAACGGCUUGUGUGGCUCACAUCGAUGGAUCAGACCUGUUUAUAGCCAAUGCAGGAGAUGCUCGGGCAGUGUUGGGGGUGCAGGAGGAGGAUGGUACAUUCAGCGCCCACACACUCUCUAAUGACCACAACGCUCAGAACGAUGAUGAGGUGGCUCGGAUUCGGGGUGAACAUCCUCCAUCAGAAAGAAAGACAGUUAUACGACAGGACCGGCUGCUCGGCCUCCUCAUGCCGUUCCGUGCAUUCGGAGAUGUAAAGUUCAAGUGGAGUAUUGAAUUGCAGAAGCGCGUGUUGGAGUCUGGACCUGAUCAGCUCCAUGAAAACGAACACACCAAGUUUAUCCCCCCCAACUAUCACACACCACCCUAUCUGACUGCUGAGCCUGAGAUCACAUACUACAAACUGCGACCACAGGAUCGCUUCCUGGUGAUCGGCUCUGACGGCCUCUGGGAGACCCUCCACAGACAAGAGGUGGUUCGUAUUGUGGGGGAGUAUUUAACAGGGGUGCACCAGCAUCAGCCACUCAAAGUCGGAGGCUACAGGGUCACCCUCGGACAGAUGCAGGGGCUUCUCGAAGAGAGGAAGGCUCGUGUGUCUUCGGCUUUCGAGGAUCAGAAUGUGUCGACCCACUUGAUGCGUCACGCAGUAGGAAACAACGAGUUUGGCACAGUGGACCACGAGAGGCUGUCAAAAAUGCUGUCACUGCCUGAGGAGCUGGCUCGCAUGUACCGUGAUGACAUCACCAUCAUCAUCACUCAGUUCAACCCUCAUGUGAUUGGAGCACAGAGACAGGAAGGGCAGCCCUGAGCUGGUCAAAAGCCAUUCACUGGUUUCAAGCUGAUGAGUACACACACUUCUGUAAAUGUGCACUGCAGAUCGACACGUAAGCACACUCUCUGGACAAACAGGCCAUACUAAGAAAAUAUCUUAAUGAAUUUGUUUUUAAAGUGGCAAGAACAAGUAAGUGAACCUUUUGGAAUGAUCUCCAUUUACGUAUAAAUUUGUCCUAAAAUACAGUGAGAUCUUCAUCCAAGUUACAAUUAUGCACAAACACACUCUAUUUCAACUAAUAAGACACAAAUCAUUUUGUUGGUCUUGUCCAUAUUGAAAACAUUCAAACACUGACAAUUUAGACUGGAACAAGUGUGUGAACCCCUUGGCUAAUGGCAUUAACAAAAUGGAGUGGCCUAGUCAGAGCCCAGGCCAUCCUAAGAAUACGACUGAGCAGUUCUUUUAGGAAAAAUGGUCCAAAGUUCCUCCUGAACAUUGUACAGGUCUGAUCAGCUGCUACUGGAAGAGCUUGUUUAAGGUUAUUGGUACCAAAGGAGGUUUUACCACUUAUCAAAUCCAAGAGUUCACUUUCUUUUUCCACCAGCACUGUGAAUGUUUAAUGGGUGUGUUCAAUAAAGACACAAAAUAUUAUAAUUAUUUGUGUAAUAUUAGUGUAGGGACACUAUGUUUGUUUACAUUUGUGACUUAGAUCAGAUCACAUGUUAUGACCAAUCAAUGCAGAAAAACAGGUUAUUUUUAUAGGUUCACAUACUUUUUCUUGCCACUGUAACUCUGUUAAUGUACAGAAUUUGUAUGUUUUUAUGCGAUGCUCCAGAACAUCCGGUUUCCUAUGAAGUUAAAAAUCUCUGGAUCAAAGUCUCUUACAUAACAUGUUAUUUAUGACAAUAUUCUCUGGCAACAUUUCUUACAUGCUUAUCUGCAAGGCUGAUAAGAUGCUGUUACUAACUGAUUUUUGUGCCAAAAGAUUCGACCACCUUCGACUCAGCGGGGUUGAAAUUAUAGAAAUUCCAAAGAGGGUGAAGGUUGGGACUCUAUGAGUAAAGAGGCCUUGCAGUAACUGACCUGACUUGCUUUUUUUUUCUAAUGUGGACUUUUAACUGGUCUGUGCCAAGAUAACAUCACACUCUGUUUUUUCACUGUUUGGACUGUUUCUGCAUCUGAGGGACUGAUGUUACAACAGAGGACUAUUGCAUCCAUUUGUUUUUACGUCUUUGUGUGUUUUGUUGUAUGAGAUAUUCUUAGUACUGUCCAAACCUACACAUCGUGUUCAGUAUUUACCCUGCAGUGAGUAUUUGGAUGGUGAUAUCUACUCUACUCCAGCACACUAGAUUUCAAGUGAAACUGACUGUCAAAUUAAAGUGCAGACGUUGAGCUCACAUCCAUUGGACAUUUACAUCCAUAUUGGAUUGUUGAAAGUCAGGACUUCAUAGUGCAGUGGUUCCCAUUCUGUGUGGCACCCCCAAAGUGUCUCAAGAUAAAGGGUCACAUAUGAGCAUGAGGAAGAGAGAAAAUAUUUCUGUUACACAAAAUUGUAUCUAUUUUCUCAAACUUUUCUUUAGAAUAUUUGCUUCUUUUAAAAAUACUGCAAGCAGUCUCCUCUUCUGGCUUUUAAAAAUUCUUCAAAUUAAACAAGCUGAGAAGGAAUGUGGUUUAGCUGCUGUUUUGUAUUUUGAGCAGGCAGUAACCUGGAAUGAGGGAACACAAACAGACAACACUUCAUUUCAAAGGUUUACAAGCCACAAACGGUUGGUAAACCCCUGAACUAGAGCUUGUUUUCAUUUCAAACCUAGUCUGCUGGCUGGAGUACAAAGCAAAAACAAAACUGCAAAUAUUUACAGAUUUAUUUUAUCAAGUUAUGAGCUCUACCACUACAGGUAGACUGAUAUUUAGUGGGUUUUUCUGUGUCACUAUCACUUGAUUAUUGUGGUGCUUCUUUGCUGAAAGAAGUUAUAUCAAAGUGAAGUAUUCUCCAUUCCCCAGCACUACUUUAGCUAGAGAGACAGUGGUAGAUGUCAGUAUGUGUGUUAGUGAACCUCUAAGCAGACAUACUAACUAAACUUUACCACAGUCGAACCAGCUAGUUGCAGCUGUGAAGCAUCUGUUUUUCAGGGGUCGGAGUAAAAUGACUGCCUGUAGUUCUUUUCCAAGCUUUGUUGGGUUAAAAGGGAAGCAUGCUCAUCUUGCCUUAUGUUCUUUUUCUGACAGGUCAUUAACAGUGUGGAUAACAGUUUCCUACAGAUUUUUAUUUUAUUUAUGACAGUAAUGGUGAAAGUAAAGCAGACAACUCUCUUCAUACUCUCCAGUCAAACACUAUUCAAGGGGGCGUGACUAUGUGUAUUUAUGCCCAAAUGAAUGAGCAGAAUGUAAAUUUGAAACAAGCUGUUUGAAUAUUAUUGAGGUUAUUUAUUCAGCUUUAGCAUUAUGUUACACAUGUAUAUCUACAGUUGUAUGUAUAAAUUGUAACUUAUGUGGAUUAAGUUUUGUAUAUGGAAUGGUUUAAUAAAACACUGAAUACAC